AUGCCGGUUCUAGAGCAAGAGACAGCUUCCGAGCCUGUUCCCGAGCAAGACGCAGCUUUGGUGGAGCAGGUCAAGGCUCUCAUGAAGCAGAACGCGCAUCUCGAGGCCCUUUUGGAAGAGACCAAACAGAAGAUUGAUGUCAUGACAAAGAACGCCGAGAGAGCGAAGAAGAACUACAUAUCCGAAAAGAAGGCGAACAACAGAAAAUACGAGGAGCUGGAUGAGUUCGUGGGCAACCUGAACGUCAAUCACGACGCAACACGUAAGGAAGUCUCCGAUCUGAAUGCCGCCAUGCACUUUGUGCUGGAACAAGGACACGAGGGUAAAUUCUUUGACAAGUUUUGGUCGAAGACUCGCGAGUGGAAGAGGUACUACUUCUAG